UUCCACUUUCUUUGGUGGGGUUUAAUAAGCCCCCAGGUUGUUGUAUGGAAAGAUAUCAAAGACGCAGUUUUUGAUAGCAACAAUAUCGCGUUAGCGCACAUUCGAUGCAGCCUCUUCGCACGAUCAAGAUGAAUGUUACCGCAAGAACAGAAUGGGCAGUGGAAGCAUCGAAAAUCGCUCAGAACAGUGAGAUUCCUCUGAUGGAAACGAUAAGAACAUGGAAAGCGAAUCCCAAUAAAGCAAUAAUUUCGUUUACUUCAGAAGAUCCAACUGAUCAAUACAACUUUAAAACGUCGAAGGAAACUCUAAAUGCAAUUUUCCAUACAAUUCAAACUGGUAAAAAUAAUGGAUACGCUCCAUCCGUGGGUUACGAAAAUUCAAGAAAUGCCGUCGCCGAAUACAUGUCUAAGAAAGGCGUCGAAUUAACAGCGAAAGACAUUAUAUUAUGCAGCGGUUGUUCUUCUGCUCUCGAUCUUUGCUUGACUGUUAUGGUCGAUGGUAGAAGAAAUCAAAACGUUCUGAUACCGAAACCGGGUUUCUAUUUGUACAAGAUGUUGGCAAAAAGUUUGGGAAUCUCUGUAAAGGAAUACGAUUUAUUACCAAACGACGAUUGGCAAAUUAAUUUGUACGAUUUGGAUAGAAAAAUUGACUCGAACACUGCUGCUGUACUCAUAAGUAAUCCGUCCAAUCCGUGCGGUUCAGUUUAUUCCACCAAACAUUUGCUGGACAUCGUUGAAAUAUGCGACCGCCACAAGAUUCCCAUAAUUGCAGACGAAAGCUACGACCAAUUAGUUUUCAACGCAAACUUCGUAUCGUUGGGUGCUUUAGAAACGACGGUUCCAAUCUUAAUUUGCGGUGGUCUGUCCAAAGGAUUCCUGGUGCCUGGCUGGAGAUUGGGCUGGAUUUUAAUCGUUGAUCCCAUCGACGCGUUUCAGACGAUCAGGAAGGGACUCGUCAGUUUGACGCAAAGGAUUAUCGGUUGUAAUACGGUGAUUCAAGGAGCCCUGCCGACGAUCCUGAAUGCCAACAGCGACUUCAUAGACGACGUGAACGAAAACCUCAAGAAAAAUGCGACUGUCGCAUUCGAAGCGUUUCAGAUCGACGGCUUAAAGCCGUACAUGCCCCAAGGCGCAUUGCAUAUGAUUAUUGGAAUUGACCUGAACAAAUUUCGUUUCAAUACAUCCAUGGAGUUUCUACAGAAGUUUUAUGAGGAGGAAUCAGUACACUGUUUGCCAAGCGAAGUAUUCGGUGUUUCUGGUUUCAUGAGGAUCAUUUUGGUAAACACCACAGACGAAAUCAUUGAAGCAAGUGAAAGAUUAACAAAUUUUUGUAAAAAAUACAUAUUAUAAAUA